AUGGGAAUGUCGUUUGGAAUUCAUAGUUUAUUGGGAUUAGCAGCAGCUCGUGAUAUGCAGCAAGGUACCGCUGCAACCUAUUUUACCACUACACCACAAUACUGCACCAAUCAACCGGCACCAUUUUUUUCUCAUAAUGCACCACAAUUAUUUACUAUGGAAAUGUCACAAACUCCAUUUGAUCGAGUCCAAUAUGAACCAGUUAAUCAGGGGAUGUCCGGAAUAGAUUAUGCCAGUAUCCGGUCCAAUUCAAUGUUUGGAGCAUCAACCGCUAUAACAAGUAUUCCCUCAUCAAGCAAUGAAAAAUCUAUUUCAAAAAGAAAAAAACGCCGUCAUCGGACAAUUUUCACGCAAUUUCAAGUAGAUGAAUUGGAGAAAGCCUUCCAAGAAGCUCAUUAUCCUGAUAUGUAUGCUCGUGAACUAUUAGCUAUGAAAACUGAAAUUGCUGUAGAUCGGAUACAGGUUUGGUUUCAAAAUCGUCGAGCUAAAUGGCGGAAAACUGAAAAAACAUGGGGUAAAAGUACAAUAAUGGCAGAAUAUGGUUUAUACGGUGCAAUGGUUCGACAUUCAUUACCACUACCAGAAACAAUUACACGAUCAUCGGAAAAUCCAAAUGAAUCUACUGCUCCAUGGCUUUUAGGAAUGCAUAAGAAAAGCCUUGAAGCAGCAGCACAUUUGGAAAAUGGUGAAAUUGAUAAGGAAUCAAAUGAGGAUGACAAAUCGGUGGAAGCAUGCUCACCUGGUAUUUCAAAUAAUAAUGAUAAUAACAAUAAUAAUCAUAGUACUAAUAACACUAAACUAUCUGCUUAUCAUCAAUAUGAUAGUUUACAAUAUGUAAACAAUAAUACCAAUGCUACUAGGCAAUAA